ACAGCGCACGGACCUGUCCAUCUCUUAAGGCCACUUUUCCCACUUCGGCGUCUCUCCUGCAAACUGCGCGUUCACGCCCUUCUCAGGCCAGCCCAGUAUCCCGGGCGCUCGCUCCCGCGCCAGGCUGGUGGAAAAAACUGCAGCGGCUGUUGCUGGAGCCACGCAGAGAGGAGCGGUGUGGGAGAAAUCACGGGCACUGGCAAGAGUUGAGCGGCACACACUCACACAGUCGCACAAAACAGGCAGAUUUUGUCGUUAUUCCUGCCGAGGGCGACGCUGUCAGAAGCGGGGUUCAUGGCUGCCAAGAAGUGAUAGUAUCGACGAGGAGCUCUUCGCCGUUCAAAAAAGGAAAAUUGCUUCCAGACGACCUUUGGCUUUUUCUGAAACACCAGUGCUUUUGUCAGCCUCAGAACACUUCAGCCCACGUGGAGCCACAUAGCCGGGCAGGUUCCAGCAGUAGCUGUUCUCUGCUUCACCAACUGGGACUCCAUGGCUGGCAGUGGUGCUGCUUGAUUCAUUGCACUGUCUGAAGUCCUCCACGUUUGAGUUGUUUCAAUCAUUAUUCAUCUACAGAUACUCACUGUAGUUUGGAGCUUCAUGGAGGGAUUUCCUGUCCACUGACCUAAAGGGCUGACUUACUGGACCCGCAGCCAUGUCGGCCUGCAGCACCUUCACAGAGCACGUGUGGAAACCAGGCGAGUGCAAGAACUGCUUUAAACCAAAGAGUUUGCACUGUCUAGCUCAGAGUAGUGGAGGGAAGCCUCCUUCUGAGCAAAGACCUCAAACAUCCCAGCAACAGAACCUUCCAGCUGCUGAUGCCAGAGCCAAUCCUAACCAUACCACCACCAACUCCCAGCGGACUGGCAGUGGAUCUGCUCGCUCAGGACACUUCCGUCCACCUGUGGCCAAGAAGCCAACCAUCGCUGUUAAGCCCACUAUGAUGCUGCCCUGCUCCUCUGCGGGGCUUGAUUCAGAUGGCAAUCUCCAGCAACCACCAAAUGUAAUAGAGCAGGGGAAAACAUCAGCCUUCACAGUCUGGAAUCGCAAUGGACUGAACCGCAAAAGACCUGGUGGGCCCAGCAACAACAAUGAAGGAGAGGAUGACAAUGAUGAGAUUGAGGGUUAUGGACCACUUAGCCCGAGGACACCUAGUGGAAAUAACAACAACAGUGGAUUGACAGAUGUACUUAAAGAGAUUGCUGGUUUGGGCCCUGGUUCUAGUCCCACGCAACUUUCUGGCUCAAAGGACUUGUUUUGGGGUCGGAUCAGUAGUUCAUACCGACGAUCCUUAGAAAGAGGCAUACCAGCUUCAAGCUGUCUGGCUAUGGGAAGUAGUAGUGGUGGUGGUGGUGGGGUUGGGAGCACUGCUCAAAAACGGGUAUCCCUGAGCGAUAGCACCAAGAUCAUCAGCACAGAAGGUGGUCGCUUUUGUUAUCCGGACUUUACAAGUGAAAGUGAAGAUGAGGAGGAUGAAGAUGAUGAUGAUGAGGAAGACACUGAAAGGGAUGAUGAUGAAGAGCAUGAGAGCUGGGAUGAAAGCGAUGAAGAGUUGCUGGCCAUGGAAAUCCGUAUGCGAGGACAACCACGAUUUGCUAAUUUCCGUGCUGCCACGUUGUCUCCUGUUCCUUUUGCUGCGGGGAAAAAGUGGAAUACUGUGCCGCUUCGCAACCGCUCACUACAGCGAAUUUGUGCGGUGGACUAUGAUGAUAGCUAUGAUGAGAUCUUAAAUGGCUAUCCUUCCGUGGAUUCCAAUGGAGGGCUGAUUUCCUACGGACCUCACGAUAUGCUAGGCAGCGGCUUCCUGUCAAAUUCUGAGUCUGCCACUUCUCCUGAAUCAUCGUCAUCAAUACCGGAGGAUUCUCGAACAACAUCCAGCAGUGGUAGCAGCGCUAACUGUGUCCUUCGAAAUGGCUUGCAUUCUCCCACAUUUUGUAAGCCACCUAUCACCUGCACUUCUCCUCCUAAGAAGGAAUCUGUCAACAGGGCACUGAGUCCACUAAAGGUAGCUGAAACACACAAGGCUGUCCUGGCUAUCAGAUUAGAGGAUCAGGAUGGCAGAGAAGGGAUGCCAAUGCCCCAAGCGCUUCCUGGUCAGCCAGUCACUAUAAGUUUUAGUCCCACAGAGGAGCAAGCUAAACCAUACCGUGUAGUAAAUUUGGAAAAGUCAUUGAUCUGUAAGCCUUACACUGUAGUAGAUGUCUCAGCAUCCAUGGCCAAUAAAGAUGAACAGAUUCCAGAUUCUCAAAAACCCAAAAACCAAUCGAUGCCUUCAAGCCCUACGACAUCUAGUAGCACUCCUUCAGCCCAGGCCAUAGCUCCAACGUCCCCAAUAUCUGUGUCUUCUCCUGUGAUGCCAACAUCACCUACUUCUUUUGCUCUGUCAGGUUCAUCCCAAAAGAAGAUUGGCAGCAUACGUUACCAUGAAGUGUGGACAUCAAGCACAAGCCCUCGCCAAAAAAUACCUAAAAUAGAUUCAGGGGUUGGGAAUAAUCCUGUCCCUGCCCUGACCACUCAGCACUGCAGUCACAAGUCAGCUCCCACUUCUCCCAUUGCUGGGCUGUCUUCUUCUCGAACUGUACCUGUGAAAUCCCCCAAUUUAUCAGAGAUCAAAUUUAACAGUUUCAAUAAUGCAGGCAUGCCUCCUUUUCCCAUUAUUAUCCGAGAUGAGCCUGCUUAUGCCCGCAGUGCCAAGAAUGCUGUCAAGGUACCUAUUGUUAUUAAUCCAAGUGCAUAUGAUAACCUAGCUGUGUAUAAGAGCUUUCUGGGACUCAGUGGGGAGCUACCACAGACAAAAGGGAUGGGUAAUAGGGUAGCCAGCCAUACUUAUGAAGAGAUUGGAUCCUCUGAGAGUGUCCAGUCCGCCUCAACAGAGAAAACUCUCUCUGGUAGAGGAACAUCAGAGCGAGCCUCCUUUGAAGAGACAAAGGUUCCACUUGAAGCAGUGUCAAAAGCACCAAAUCUACAACCUAGAACCACUACAGACUCUUGCACUGUGACAAGCACUGCAAUGGGCUCCACAAGUGGGGCAUUCUCACCCACUACAUCAACAAAUUCUCCUGCCAAUCCUGCCAUUACUGCAAAUGCAAACUUACCUGCAGCCAGCACUACUGCCAGUAUUGUUACACACACUUAUAAGACAGGUGGAGAUGCUGCUUGCAAUAAAGAUGAUAAUACAAGCUUAGCUUUAUCUUCUGGGACAGCUGUAAGCCAUAGGGAGGAAGCCAGUGCUGUGCUUUCACAGAUUGUGGCCUCCAUCCAGCCUCCUCAAUCUCCUCCGGAGUCCCCAUCAGCACAAGCCAAAACUUUUAAUUCCGAGGAGCUAUAUGCCCUCCCACCUGAUGCCAUUAAGGAGACCCUUCUUCGGCCCAAGUCUCUCUUUUCCCCAACUGAUGGCUGUCUUUCCAAGUCAAAGAAAGACACACCCUCAAAAGUUUUGUCUAAGUCUCAGAGUGCCUCUGCUGCUGCCCCACUCUCAAGCCCCCAACCUGAGCCCACUGCCCCCUUCCCUCCUCCAAGAUCUACAUCCUCUCCUUAUCAUGCUUCUAACAUACUCCAGAGACAUUUUGGAAACUGGACCAAGAGCUCUGCCUCCAGUUCACCAGUGCGACCUGGCGAAGGUGAAGCGAGUCCUGGAGGGGAAGGGAGACGUAUUUUAGCAGAAAGCUCCAAACCUAAACGCUGGAUCUCCUUCAAGAGCUUUUUUCGUAGGCGGAAAGACGAUGAUGAGCAGAAGGAGAAGCUGGAGAGAGAGAAGGAGAAGGGCAAGCUUGUCGGGCUUGAUGGAACAGUCAUUCACAUGCUUCCACCACCACCAGCUCAAAAUCAGCACUGGUUCACCGAGGCAAAAGCAGAAGAUCCCACCCAGAAACCAACCAUUAUCUUCACCUAUAAACCAGACACUGGCAGUAGCCACGGUGAUGAAGGAGAACUACGGGUAGAGGAGUGCAGAGAAACUACACUACUGAAACCUGACGAAAACAAAGAUCCUAGGCCCUUGAGUCCAGGCAAAACAACAUCCUCACCCAUGGCUGGAGGAGAAAAUUGCAAGGAUUUAAGCCAGGUACCAGUCAGUGCCAGCGCCAGGGAUCGGGAGCUGCCCAGCGCCACCUCCUUGCCUGCCAAAGUGAAUCUGGGGCUGGUGCUUGGGGAGGCCGCGGAGAGCCAUGCCAACCAGGUUGCUUGUACAGCCGCGGCCAGCGAGGGCAGCGCCAGCCUGGGAGAGCCUGAGGACGACGGGAUUCACUCUCAUUAUUCUCACUCUCCUGCCUCCAGCCAGUGCAGUGCCACCUACAGCAAUCUGGGUAAAUCUCGAGCCAGCAUGAUUCCACUUAAACAGCCAAGAAACAUGAAAGCAUCCAAUGACACACUGGCCUCCAUUGAAAUCGAAGGCCUCGCUGAGCAGCCAGCCCUUAAAGCCACACCGCCGCCAUUACCCAAAAAAGCAGUUCCUCGUUCCAGUACUGAACCCAUCCUGGGAGGCAAAGAGCCAGUGGGAGGCCUUAGGCCUCGAGCUGAAGCUAAACCGGGGGGCACCAACCUUAGUGUAGCCAACCCUCUUUAUGACUUGGACUCCACCUGGGAAACAGCUAGUCAGAGCUCCUCUCUGAGCUCCGAACCGCAUCGAGGUCACGACCAUGAGAGCGGUGACUCCUUAGAGAGGUCAUCAGCUGCCACAGCUACCAACAAGGCCCGCAUGACCAAUAGCGUGUCCUCUCUGGUCCCUCAGCCUUCACCUGCUGUACCCAGCGCAACCCCCGGCAAAGAGAAGAGAGUCUACCCAAGUUCAGAAUCCAUGGCUGGAAGGGGUCGGACAGCGGGUCGCGGAGCUGCCGGAGGCGGCGCAGCCUCCAAACCCCAGAGACCUGCCCUUUACAGGGGGUUAGACAGCUGGGAUGAGGUGGUGGGGAGGAUCCGCGGGCUCCACACAGACACUCUACGGAAACUGGCAGCAAAAUGCGAGGACCGUUUCAUGGCUGGCCAGAAAGAUCAUUUGAGGUUUGGCACUGAAAGCUGGUCCCACUUCAGGCUGACCACUGGGAAACCCUGCUGUGAGGCGGGGGACGCCGUUUACUACACUGCAUCUUAUGCCAAGGACCCACUGGUCAAUUAUGCCAUCAAGAUCUGUCGGAGCCAGGUGAAGGAAACCCAGCAGCAGUUUUUCCACAGCCUCGCAGUGAGGCAGAGCCUGCCAGUGCACUUCAACAUCCAGCAGGACUGUGGCCACUUCCUCGCUGAUGUUCCUGCCCGCCUGCUGCCCUGGGAAGAGGAAGAAGAGGCGGAAGAAGCAGAUAAGGAGGGAGGGGGGCCGACAGUAAAGGACAAAGAGGCUAAGAUGGCAGAUUCAAAAUCGCCUUCUCCAAAUGGGAAGCUAGAUGAAGUCCCGGCUGCGGGUCACAUGAACACAGCUGGCCGCUUGAGGAGCCGAGUGGUGGUGAUCACACGUGAGGUGCCCUUCCAGACAGUGGCCGACUUUGUCAGGGAAGGCAUGAGCAGGCACACUCAAAACCCGGAGCUGUAUGAGCGUCAGGUCUGUCUGCUGCUGCUGCAGCUUUGCUCCGGGCUGGAGCACAUGAAACCUUUCCACGUGACCCACUGUGACCUGCGACUCGAAAACCUGCUGCUGGUCCAAUGCCAACCUGGCAACCCCUGGAAUCUGGACUUACUUGAGCCCAACAAUAACAGCAACGGCAGCAGCUUGGGGGCAAGCGCCGCAGCCACCGCUGCAGCCAACUCCACCUGCCCCGCACGCCUCAUCAUCAGCAACUUCUCCCAAGCGAAACAAAAGACUACUCUCAUGGCCACUGACCCCGGCACGCUGCGCGACCAGUCGAGGCUGGCACCCGAAAUCAUCACAGCCACCCAGUACCGUAAGUGUGAUGAGUUCCAGACCGGGAUUCUGAUCUAUGAGAUGCUGCACAGACCCAACCCCUUUGAGGAGAUGCCGGAGUUGAAGGAGCGGGAGUACACCUGGGCCGACCUUCCGCCGUUGCCCGUGAGAUCGCUUUACUCACAGGGGCUGCAGCAGCUGGCGCGCUUGCUGCUCACCGUUAACCCCUCCGAAAGAAUCCGGAUGGCCGAGGCGCGGGCCUGCCUCCAGUGCCUCCUCUGGGGACCUCGGGAGGACUUGUUUCAGGCGCUGGGUUGCAGCAGCACCGGACCUAUGUCGGGGGCCACUUCGAGCCAGCGCGAGGCCACCCUGCAGAACUGGCUGGACCUCAAGCGAACACUGAUGAUGAUCAAGUUUGCGGAGCGCUCGCUGGACAACGCCUGUGGCGUGAGCCUGGAGGACUGGCUGUGCUGCCAGUACCUGGCGUUCGCCACCACAGAGACCCUCGGCCGGGUGGUGCACAUCCUGCAGCAGCCCCAACAGCAUCCCCCAUCUCCGAAUGAGAACCAGCCAGUGCACCCAGCACAGAACCAAACUCAAAUACAUCCAGCACACACCUUCCACUUGACUCCUUCGCAGCCACUCUGAGUUUCUCUGCCAAACUGUUACUAUGGCAACAGAGCCAACAUAUCCCCCCCUGUGUGGUCCCUCUGCUGAUGUUAAAAGUGUGAUGUAAGCUAAUAGUCAGCUCCACAGUGCUCACCUAAAACAAAACAGCUGCUUGUGCUGUGUCUGUGUUUUCUUCUUGGACUGAAUCGGCCGUGCGAGACGCUCAUUCCCCUCAAACACCCGGGCGUCAUGAUCAGGGUUAUCAAAAGCAGAAAAACGUGGCUUUCAGACACUGUGUUCUCAAAACAAGUCCAAAUAACAGCCCUAAAACAUUCAAGUUAAUUGAAAUCAUUUUGGCUCUCGUCAUCAAUGCCCCGCGUCUUCACAUAUCAUGAGUUUUAUCACUCCACCAGUACUAAACUGAGGAUUUUACCAAACGUGUGAGGAAUUAUUUUAAGAUUUUGUGUUUCUGAGACAAGUCUCCAGACUUGGAGAGUUGUGAGUACUCUGUGUUAAAUAUCAUUUUCACGCCAUCUGUCUACAGGGUUUGAGGGAGUGUGAAAUGAAAUAACUAAGCUUCUACGGUGAUGCAUAUUGAUAUUCUGCAAGUUUUGUCUGACAUCUAAAGGGACACCACGGUCAGAAUUUUAGAAAAAGGAAACUUUGAUAAUUUGGAGAGUUUCAUCCCAAUAAUUUGACUCUUUGUUACGCAGUGUUGUAUUAUAAGCAAGUUUUAUUUGAAUCAGAAAAAAAGGGAAUGUAGGGAGGAUUUGAAAUGAAGGGAGUGGAGGAAAAACAAGCUUUUGCCAGACAUGAGGACGUGGCUAAACAUUGAAUUUAAUAUAUUUUAGUCUUGACAUUUGCACAGCUGAGACUUCUUCAUUUACUCAUUGUGCUUUUAGAAAUUCAAAAGCCAGUAUGAAGUUGAAAUUAACAAAAAAAAAAAUUAAAAAAUAAAUAAUACUCUAUCAUAACACAUUUCUGCACAGAGCUUUGUAGAGGUGGGUGACGAACACUGAGCUAAACUUGGCUUUUCAUUUAAUGUUUUUUUUUACGCUUCGAAGUUGGAAAAGGCUCGACCGCCCUGGCUGCUGGUUUGGGUUCUUGUCGGCGUAUGUGCAAUUAAUACCUGUCUUUUGUUAUUUCUUUUUGAGGUAACAGCAUUAUGCAGUCUUUUACUAAUACUCUCUUCCUUUUUUGUUUUUGUUUUGUUUUUUUUGUUUUGUGGCACAUAAACUGAUCAGUUUCAUUUCAAUCCUGCAACUUAAGAAGCAAGGUAAAGUUCAGUGGAAAGUACUUCUUAUAGUGGAUGGGAUAUUUCAGGGACUGCAAAAAAGUUAUUCUUUGUCAAUCGUUUUAUCUUUUUGUCGAGUUGUUUUUGAACGGUUCUGCGUUACGGAUGACAUUUGCACAUUUACAUUUGGAACGCUGGUGCCCCUCGGUGGAGCCCGGAGCACACGGUGAGACUGAAUAAAGUUCCUGUGAAUCUGAGGAGCUGGAUCUGAUGUGUUUUGCAGCGUGUGGAAUGUAAACGUUUGCGUGGACUGAAACGGACAUUUGUUCUCAUCUGCUCUACAAAUGUGCUUUUUUUAGUUCAACCACUUUGUUUCAUAUAUAAAUUCUAUCUUGGAGAGAAACUAAUUACACAACCACUGACACUUGCUUCCAUUCCUCCUAUCUUGUUUGUUUCCCCUCUUCUUUUUUCCCCCUUUACUCUACCAGUAGGAGAGUAAAUCCUGUAUUGAUGCUUCCUGCUUGUCACUCUGAAUUAAACGAGCUCUGUGUUAUUGACUUUCCAGUCUGGAGUCAGUAAAACCAAGACAUGCACAGAAGCUUCAGCUUCCCCAACCAGUAACACUUUAUAACACAGUCCGUAACUAAGAGUGUAAUUCUCCUGUAAUUAAAUGGAAUUUUAACAUAUUGUAUUUGAAAUUGCAAUGUAAUUAUAUCCACAUACAAAUAUUUAAAAGGUCGUAUGACAGAAUAACGGGAUAAAAAGUUAGAUUUUUACUGGAAACAAAGAAAUAUUCAUACUGUAAGUAAUUUUAAGUACUGCAUGAUUUCUAUGAAAUUUAGUGAGGAAAAACAAACAAUAUUUCCCUAUCUCACACUGUAAGUACUCUGUACUUUUCAGGGCAUGGCCCAAUUAUGGAGUGUCUUGACCUUGCCUAAUUUCCAGAUAUUUUUACAGGACAGGAGACACAAUUUUAAGUUAGAGGUAACUAAUUUUAGGCAAUAUGUAAUUAACUGUUAAUUUUGCAGACAAACAAUAUUUUCCUUUUCUACUGAACCUUGCCUUUUACACCUUUAUUUAAUGUUCAUUAUGCUGACGUGCAUGUUGAUUGUCCAGUUAUUCAGUUGUCCCACUUACAUGUUUUACUGUAAUUAAUUUUAUCUCCUUCGCUGUAAAAUACCUAGAAGUUGGGCGUGGUUAAGCCACUCCCAUGACCCAGAAAGUGCAGUGUACUUACAAUGUAAGAUAACGUUUUUCUAUUAAAGUACCAAGAAAAUAUGCAGUACUAAGAGUGUAAUUAUUUCACCAUUAUUCCAGUGCACCUAUCUUGAAGUAUUUGUAUCUAAAUAUAAUUACAUUGUCAUUUCAAAUAAAUACAUUAAAAUUCCAUUUAAUUACAAUGGAAGUAUGCCCUCUGUCGGCGGCUGUAUUAUAAAGUGUUACCAUUGAAUUUAAUGUGUCGAACAAAACACCCCGAAUAAUAUCUUUAUCCCAGAAUUUAAUACUUGGAGGACUGGUGCUGCAAAUUUACUUUAUUUCAGAUGUGCAAAAACUUUGUGGUCCACGGAGCAAAAAAUGAGACAAAGCAGGUUUAAAUUUGUUACUGUGUUCAAGGGUUUGUGUACUGAGGAAUGUGUGUGGGACAGCACUGGUGGCUGUCCUCGUAUUCAGAGUUAAGCCUUUAUAUAUUAAAUAUAGUAUAAAUAUAUAUAUAUAUAUAUAUAUAUAUAUAUAUAUAACCUUUAUCUAUUUUAAUCCACACUCUAUUUUGUGGCGUACGGAGCACUUCUAUUUCUGUCACGAAAGUCUAAUAAUCAUUUUAUCUUUUAAAAGCUUUACUUGAUUUUCUUCCACCUUGCAUGUUUUGGAGGAAGAACAAGGUGAGUAGUUAUCACUGUCCUACACAAAGAAUCAAUUGUAAAAGAUCUCAUUCAUUCAGUUGCAUCCAUUCAAAGAACAAUGUACAGUAUUUUUACCCCUCUUGUAAAGUUACCUGCGUAGGAGAAAAACCACUUUGGCUGAAGGAUGACUUUUUAACGCACCGCUGAACCCUAAUAUUCAUCCGCCGUUUGGAAUACGGCAGACAUUGUUUUCUGUUCCUCUUUCUGCUCUGGUUUUCUCUUUUGCAUUGUUAACUGCCACUGAAUCUAAAAAUGGAAGCUCUCCAGGGCUUUCUAAGUAUGUGUACAGUAUGUCUCCUGGCCUGCAGCCAUUUAUUGUUGUUCAAUUUAACCAACAGUAACAGAACAAUAAAUAUAUGUUUUUUAUAUAUA